AUGUCCAACUUGGAGUUUAUCGACUCUUUUAGCCCGACCCAGGAACACUUUUUGAGGAAAGCGCUAUUGGAAUGCUGUAUUAAGCGGGAGAUCCACUGGCUCUCGGUGCCGAACUCGGCUUCUUUACUUGGUCCUCCGUUUAGACUGAUCAACCCUCCAAAGGAUAUAGACUUGCCUAUCCUCAGACACUUUUUCCUUAGCUAUGUGAAGACGUUCCCGUUGAUAGCCAGUAACCCAGAAAUGGCCCAGAUUGAGUUCUGGAGGGACACAGUGCACCCGUUUGUGGAUAGUUUCAACCAGAAACACAUCUCUGACUCCAUUGAGCGGAAAGAGCUGAUCACCAAGCGCCACCAGAUCAACCUGAGGCUUUCUUCGGUGCUUAUUUUGUUCUACAACUCCAUGAUUGUGAGUAAGAAGGAGUUUCAGUACUUGGAGAGUGACCAUCUUAAGGAUUCUGAUAAGGGUAAGCUCGAUAAGCUUAGUCGAGCGCCCAAUGCUACAAAACAGUCGUUUGAUGCGUUCCAGGGUACUCAUUCUUUGGAAGAUUAUGGCCAUAUGGUGUAUCUGAACAAUAUCAAUAUCAAUAUUGUUGCGGUGGAUAUGGUGAAUGUGGAUAUUAGCGCUGAAAGAAGCACAUGGACACAGAUGUGGAAACCCGUUGAACAUAAACGGAAACUGCACUAUUUGUUUGUGUUGCAAGUGACAUUUAGAGAUGGUGAUAACGGUGACUACACUUACAAGUCCCAUUUCAUCAGCAAAUCGUACCUGGACUUCAAAAGACUCGAAACCGAUCUCAAGAAGAAGUACCCUGGCUUGAUGACUACAGACAUUAGCAAAUUACCCAGAAAGCUUAAACACGACGGCGGCCAUGCCGAUGAAGAUGGCGAGCGCCGUUCGCUGCUGGACAGUUCCAGCACUGCAAGCACAAAAUCCAAAUCCACAAAACCUUCAGACCAGAAGUAUCAUAGAGAAAAGUUGCGUUUGGCACUUCGUGGGUACUUGGCGACGCUUCUAGCCAAGCCAGAGAUUGCCCAUUGCGAUGUGUUCCGUUCAUUUGUUGAUGAUCCAAAGCGUAACUUCAAAAAGCUUCUGCCAUCGCAAGAAGAGGACUCUGCUCAGAGAAUGGAACUCGAGAAACGCCGUUUGAUGACGCAGAUUGAGUUCCAGGAAGAAACCGCAAAAUCUGUCUUUGAACUAUCUAAACGUUUUGAGAAGUUCAAGGCCGAGCUUUUGGAGAACCCAGAGCUGCUCACACAGAUCUUUAAAGAUUUCAGUCAAACCAAAUCUCUUGAUGAGGUUUCGCCCUUGCUCAAGACGUUCUUUGAGUGGUGUAAGUUGGAAAUCGCCGCAACUCUUUACCAAAUGUUCCUCAGUCAAGACAACUCCAGUGAAUGGUUUAGAAAGUGUUUCAAGUUCCAUAAAAUGUUCCCCUACAGCGUUUGUUAUGGGAUCCUCAAGUACACGAACCCCGUGAAGGUGAUGACGCGUAUGGUUGACGUUCUUCUUGUCAGCGUGCCCAGCGUGAAUAUGCCUUGGGCGGCAGGAGAUGGAAAGAAGAAGGUCAACAACUUACUUUCGAUGAUCUUCAUCAUGUUGCUAGACGAGGACUUGGAAGAUUACCUGAAGGAGCGCACAAAGUUGCUCGAGGAGGCUCCAUUGAGUCUGGGUGAAUACAAGCCUUUCAUUGAAAGAAUCAGGACGUACGUUGCUCUGCACGAUGUGGAAGUUGCAGACCAAAUCAAAGAAGAGAGUCUCGCCAAAGACGAGAACUUGUUAUUGACAAUUUUCCAAACCAACAAGCUCGAGCCAAAACUCUCGUCAGCAGACUGGGAAACGUACAAGAAGGUUGCAGCUUCAUAUGAAAAGUACGUUCUGAUGGACGAUCACAAACAGGUUGACGAUGCAGCAGCGUUUGUAGCGCUUCAGCAGCUCUGGCAGUUGGAGGUGCGUUCACGAGACAAACGGCUCAUGAAGCAGUUAUGGAAAGAACCGGAAUUGACGAAACUCAUCAAGAAGUUCCUUGUGAUAUUCUACAACCCGCUUAUGACGGUGAUGAAGCAAUGCGAGAUCCACUUGGCGUUCAAGGAUUUCCAGCAUUUCAUGGACGAUCUUAUGGAAGAACUCAAGGAGCUUGACGAAGGUGGUAUUUACUUCACGUCGCCGGUGGAAAUCUUCAACCGUUUCAAAGCCCUCUUGAACAAACACGAGAAAUCGUUCUGGCGAAUGCUUCGUGACCUUUACCUAAAAGACGACAAGAAGAUCUUCACCGGGCUUAUUACGUGGAUCGAGAGUUUCCUCGUGGCGCUUCGUCGUAAGGAAACCGCGCCUGAGCUGGUGAUGGUGGAUUUCCUUACAAUGAACCCCAAAGAGGACGUGAAUAAGCAGGUUUUGGAAGACCAGGUGAACCAGCGAAUCGAGGCCACCAUGGAGAAAAGACGGAUUAUCCAAGAGUACCUCAAAAAGCAAGCCCACAAGAAAGAGUCAGACACAGAAGGUGUAAGUAAAGAUCAAGCAGCCAUCAAUGCCCGGUGGGAAAAGCUCAACAACGGGCUUUUCGAGGUGGAAAAUACCGGCUUCGGCGUUGAUGGCGAAGACUACGACGAACUAGAACUCGCCAAACUCGGCGAUCUAGAAGAAGGAGACCAGGAGGCUCAGCACUUGCUCAGAGACCUUGCGCGAUUCGAUAAAGCGAUGGAACAAAACGUCCUGGAAAUUGAAAAAUUGGCGCCCUGCAUGCAUCGCCAGAUCCACAGCAUUUUGGACAAGCUUCCACUCGACAAACGACUUGAACAAUCCACCAAAGAGCUUUCCCGGAUGUAA